AUGGCAGAGGGAGGCCGCCUGGUGUCAGAGCCGUCCCCACCAGGAGGACCUGGUCCCUGGGAAUGUUCCACGAGCUCCACACAGGCGCUAACGUCCUCCACACUCAGCCAAUCAGCUCGCUCCUACUGGGAAGAAGCCAUGAGUGACGUCUGCGAGGAGCCGUCUGGAACUCUCAACGCCAAAGCCGUAACCUUCGGCGGUGUGACUGUCACUGCAGAGCCUGCCGAGCAGCCACUGAGCCAAGCCGAGUCCGCCGGGCCCUCAAACCCCUCAGGGAGCCCAGACUACCCCCCACCGGGAGCUGGGAAUGAGCUGAACGCCCCCGGUGCCGCGGCACCGCCCUCUCUGCCCGUUCACAGGAGUCACUCAGACACUUCAGCGCCGGUCGGCCCGGAGGUGGAGCAGCAGGCCCAGAGCCCGGACUCUGCGGGGGGGAGGGGCCUCCAUGAGGCGUACGCCAUGUUGGCUUACAAGCAGCCCCUGCAGCUGCAGCCCAGCGGCACCGUCUCCACCGUCUGCGGUGGAGACGGUGGAGACGGUGGAGCGCCGCUGCCGCCCAACAUCUGCGCCUGCAUCUCACCCGCCAGGGCGGCCGUCAGAGUCCACUGUCCCGCCGACGAUCCUGCUGAAUGUGACAAGGUCCUCUGCUACGGCUCCUACGUCCAGAACGCUUCCAACUUGGAAGACACGUUCGCGGCGUACUGCCACCCCCAGCCUAUCCCGGCGCCGUCCCAGCUGCUGCCCCGCCUGGCCGGCGUGCAGCUGGCCGGCGGCGCCCAGCGAGCCGCGGUGCCUCCUCCGGCGGCCUCCCACCUCAGCCUGCCCCGCCUCAUCUCCUCCGUCAGCGAGACGGGCCUGGACGCCAAACACCUGCUGCGCUGCUGCAGCCUGAGCUGCACGUGGAUGGGCGCGCCGCCGCCCGGCCCCGCCCCGCAGUGCCAGAACCCCAGAGCGUGCUGUGGAGUUCCGACCGGCCCGGUCGGAGUCACGACCCGGGACGCGGGGACCAUGACGACCAACAAAGUCCUGAGAGACGCCGCGGUGCAGACGGGCCAGCCCGACAGCGCUCACGUGUUCCCUCAGAUCUGCCUGGCAGAGGAGAACAGGAGCGACGCCUCCGCCGCAAAGACGCCAAAGAGCGACCGCGACAAGAAACAUGGCGGCGCCUCCAAGUCCCCGGUGAAAGAGGUGAAGUGGGACGCGGAGGGGAUGACGUGGGAGGUGUAUGGAGCGUCCGUGGACCCCGAGGAGCUGGGCCUGGCCAUCCAGAAGCACCUGGAGCUGCAGAUCAAGGAGACGGCCAGCCGCGCCGCCAAGCUGUCGCGGCAGAACACCAGCGCCUCGCAGCAGGCCGGCUCCCGGAGGAAGAGGAGUCGGCUGAUGGGCUCCUUCCCAACGCCGGGCUGCUGCAGCCGCAGCACCGCCGCCGUGGACUGA